AUGUCCAAGAUGAAGGUCUUGGAGAGCAGCGGCAUCGAAUGCCUCCAGCUUGAUGUCGCCAAUGCAGAUUCAAUCACGAAAGUAAUCCAGUUCCUGGAACGCGCGUGUCUUGGGAAGCUUGAUAUCUUGGUCAACAAUGCUGGUCUCUGGCUCGAGACACCUGCGCUGGAUAUCGAGAUGAGCAUGAUCAAAGCAAUGUUUGAAGUGAACGUCUUUGGACCCAUGGAGAUGGUGCGACAGUGCACUCCUUUGCUGUUCAAGGCCAAAGGCUCGAUUGUCAACAUCAGCAGUAUUCUCGCAAUCAUGCCAUAUCCGAUGACAUCUGCAUACAACGCGUCUAAGGCGGCGCUGGCACAGUACUCUGAGACUCUCAGGCUUGAGCUCGAGCCCCUGGACAUCCGUGUCUUGACGAUCAUGAGCGGUCAGGUAUCGAAUAAUCUAGUUCGAGCGCCACGGCUGAACGAGGGCUCGAUAUACAAGUCGUUAGAACCUAUGCUAGUCCAGCGGGCCCGUGGAUAUGCUGGUCCGUUGAAGUCAUGGGUGAUAGCUUACGCGAUGUCUGGCUGA